AUGUUUGACACGAAGCAGGCGCUCGAGCGGGAGGUGCAGGAGCAGGCCGAGAAGGCGGCGGUGGCGGCGAAGGCCAAGCUGGCCAACAAGCUGAGGCAGAAGCAGCAGGAGCUCAAGUCGGCCGAGAAGGCUUCCUCGCCGCCAGAGUCGCUGUUCCGCAGCGGCGCCAACGCGGGCCUCUACUCCGAGUUCGACGACGCUGGGGUCCCCACGAAGCUGGCGGACGGCAGCGAGGUCUCCGCGAAGAAGAGGAAGGACUUCGCGAAGGAGAGAUCGAGAAGCAGAAGAAGGAGUUCGAGAAGCUUUCCAAGACGUCGGCGGCCGCCGGCGGCGUGGAGGCUUUCCUCGCCAAGAUGCGGUCCGAGGCGGAGGAGCUCGAGAGGCAGGUCGGCCCCCUGGACGGCGCCUGAGGUGGGCGGCGGGGCACGCGCGUGCGCGGCCGCCUUGGAGAGCGGCGCGCUCCGCCACGUGACCACUGCGAGCAUCGUUUUUGUAGGCCGCCCACUGCCGGCCAGGUCUUGCCAGUUUCAACACUUUCGCACAUCUGCAAACCCGAGACGCUGCAGUGCCCUCGCCGUGUCGAAUACCCAGGCGCCCCCCGCCUAG